AUGAAGCGCAAAGAGGUUUUAAAUGUCUCUGGAAGGAUGCAGAGCAACAACGACGAAAAAAAGAAUAACAAUACAGCGACAGGAGGCAGCAACGGAAUCUCGCAUGCAUCUGACUCACCUUUAACGGACGCCAGCGAUGGUAAUAGUAACAGUAAUAGCAGAAGCAGAAGCAGGAGCAGAAAAUCUAGUGGAGCUACAGGCGGUCUGCUGAAAAAGCCACCACUACUUGUAAACAAUGAAGCGGUGCAUGCUAGCGUACCCGCCGCGUCACACAAUACCGCCAACAACGGUACGCUUGACGUGAGCAUAAACAAUCCUGACCCACAGGUAGUAGAUGCUGUGGCACGCCACUUGAUAAGAAACCCGACUAACAGCCUACAUUUGCAAGGAGGGGACAUCACAAGAGAUUUGUACAAGUGGACAAACGAACACCCUUCGUCUCCAUCGCAGUACCAGUACCCGAAUCAGCCUGCGCUUUCCACCUCAAUACCUUCACAGGCACCCUCAUUCUCGAAUCGUAAAAGAUCUAUGAGUUUUUCUGCCGCUUCUAUAGCGUCAUCAUCUCACCUCAAUAACAACCCAGAGGCGAAUGCGAAUCCUCUGGCGGGAAUAGGCCUGGCACCCGCGCCGAUGACACACGAAGAAAUCAGGGCUCCUGGCGGGUUCAGAAGAUCUUUCAUAAUACAGAAACACAGGAAACACAAUGUCGAUGCACCUAUACCGAAUUUCUUCACUAGGAACUUUAUCGAAUUUUUGACCUUGUAUGGCCACUUUGCUGGUGAAGAUUUGUCGGAAGAAGAGGAAGAGGAAGAAACUGAAGAAGAGCCAGAGGAGGAAGCUUUGGAAACGGAAAGCACCCAGCUGAUUUCUCGUGAACAUGGGCGCCAUCCUCACAAAUCAUCUACAGUGAAAGCAGUGCUGCUCCUGUUGAAGUCGUUUGUUGGGACAGGUGUGCUUUUCCUACCCAAGGCUUUUCAUAAUGGCGGUUGGGGGUUUAGUGCUCUUUGCCUGCUCUCGUGUGCCCUCAUUUCUUAUGGAUGCUUCGUAUCAUUGAUUACCACCAAGGACAAAGUAGGCGUAGAUGGGUACGGUGACAUGGGUCGGAUACUUUAUGGGCCCAAGAUGAAAUUCGCCAUUCUUUCAUCCAUCGCCUUGUCACAAAUCGGCUUCUCUGCUGCAUAUACAGUCUUCACUGCAACUAAUUUGCAGGUUUUUUGUGAGAAUUUCUUCCAUUUGAAACCGGGCAGCAUCAAUCUAGCCACCUAUAUCUUUGCGCAAGUGCUCGUCUUUGUCCCACUAUCUUUGACAAGAAACAUUGCAAAGUUGAGUGGGACCGCGUUGAUAGCAGACCUGUUUAUUCUAUUGGGAUUGGUGUAUGUUUACGUUUACUCCAUUUAUUACAUCACUGUCAAUGGUGUUGCAUCCGAUACAAUGCUCAUGUUCAAUAAGGCGGACUGGUCCUUGUUCAUCGGUACUGCCAUAUUCACCUUUGAAGGGAUAGGUCUACUUAUCCCCAUUCAGGAGUCAAUGAAACACCCGAACCAUUUCCGGCCAUCGUUGUCCGCGGUGAUGUGUAUUGUAGCAGUGAUUUUCAUAUCGUGUGGCCUCUUAUGCUACGCAGCUUUCGGAUCAGAUGUUAAGACUGUUGUUUUAUUGAAUUUUCCGCAGGAUACUCCCUAUACUCUUACUGUUCAACUACUGUAUGCAUUAGCCAUUUUGUUAUCUACGCCGCUGCAGUUAUUUCCCGCGAUACGUAUUUUGGAAAAUUGGACUUUUCCCUCAAAUGCAUCUGGUAAAUACAACUCGAAAGUCAAAUGGUUAAAGAACUAUUUUCGUUGCGCUAUUGUCGUUUUGACAUCCAUCCUCGCAUGGGUAGGCGCCAACGAUUUGGACAAAUUUGUUUCGCUGGUGGGCUCCUUUGCAUGUAUCCCAUUGAUCUACAUAUACCCGCCAUUGCUGCACUACAAGGCUUCCAUUAUAUCUGGAACCUCAAGAGCAAGACUUCUUCUGGAUUUAAUUGUCAUAGUAUUUGGAGUCGCUGUCAUGGCCUACACGUCAUGGCAAACCAUUAAAAUGUGGAGCCAAUAA